UGGAUCAGUUGACAUUUGACAGCGCGCGUGUUGGCACGUUUUUCGGGGCCUCUUGCAUGGAUCGACGGCUAAUCCAAAAUUCAGAGCCAGUGCGCCGGGGCCAUUAAGUCGUCGAAAGUGCGGUCGUCUACUUCGACGUCGACAUCGACGUCUACGGUUUGGCCGGCGAAAUACGGAAAGUUGAACACCCCGAGCUGCAAUCGCUGGCACUACUCGCAUCGCGUAUCAAGUAUACGCGGCGUUAUCUUGAUCCAGCCGAUUGCCGUUGUCGGGUAAUUUAAUGUUUAAAUGUGAUUUAAAAUUUGUCAACCAGCACUCGCAAUCGCAGAUUGCGAACAUUAAAAGUGAUAGAUAUGAGGGCAGUGCCAGCAUCAGUGAACUCGUGCAAAACCCAACAACAGACAAACAUAAUGUUAUGAUAAAGCGACAAGCAAAUAGCAACCAGCAACUAGCAACCUGCAACCUGCAACUAGCAACCUGCAACACAGCGACAACAGCAACACUGCGACAGCAGCAACACGAAUUUUCCUCUCAGUCCUUCAGAUGACGGACCAAAAAGAUGCCAGGCAGGUACCGGGCACCUCCACCCCCACACCUGACCAGGUGGUGACCAGUCGUGCUCCGCCCAGUGGAAUAGCUCCACUGCGACAUAGCCAACUUUCCGAUAGCGGAGCAGAGAGUUGCUAUGAGGGCGAUGAGCAGGCACGGCUCAUCCGAACGCCCUCGUCGCGCACCCACAAGUUCAUCAUCAUCCCGGCCACGCCGGGCACUCCGCCGGGAACGGGUGCAGGUCCCGGACCACUGCCCUUCCGCCAGACCAGCUCGACCACCGCGUUGGCGGCCAUGGCGGCUGCUCUGCACAAGCAACCGCCCCACCGCCAGACGUCGGUGAAGUCCCGGCCAAGUUCGGAGGUGCUGCUGGCAGGCCAGGUGCCGAUGCAGCCACCCACAGCUGCGGGAUCCACCUCCACGGUGACCUUCACCAUCGACGAUUGCGAUGGACAGGCCACUACCAUUCCUUCUGCUCCCAUGCCCGCCAUCUCACCCACACCAGCCACCCUAACCUGCACCACCACCACCACCAUGGCCGGAGAUUCGGUGGCCAUGUCGCCGCUUAGCAUGGAGCUGCGAUCUCGGAUUGGCAGCCACCACAGCAGCAUGCGCUCCGUGGUCUCAGGUUACCUACCGGGCCUGAGCGACAGCAGCGGCAAUCUGGUCGGAGGCAUAUCGAUGGCCACUUCCGGAUUACAGGCCCCCCAUCCGCUCUACAUGCAACCGCAGGCCUCGCUGAGCGGCAGUUCCUAUCAGUUUCACGACCUGGCCGGCAACCAGAUCUACUCCGAUGUGACCUCCGUUCGCUCGCUGGCCUCCAUUGGCAUUGGGUCCACGGACGGACGCAAGCUGGUCAUCCGGCGAGUGCCCACCACCGCCAACGAGCUGUUCGACAUGGUCAACCCGCAGACGCCGCCGCCCCUGGGCAUCGAUGACGACGACAGCUACUUGGACAUGUCCGAUGAGACGGCCCACUUGAAGCCUCGCCAGCAGCACUGGGCCAACAAGAUGCAGUUCGUCCUGGCCUGCAUAGGAUACUCGGUGGGGCUGGGAAAUGUCUGGCGGUUUCCCUACAUGUGCUACAAAAGUGGCGGUGGUGUUUUUCUAGUACCUUAUUGCAUAAUACUGUUCAUAUGCAGCAUUCCGCUGCUGUUCAUGGAGCUAUCUGUGGGCCAGUACACCGGUCGAGGACCCAUCGGGGCAUUGGGUCAACUGUGUCCUUUAUUCAAAGGAGCUGGACUCGCCAGCGUGGUCGUCUCGUUCCUCAUGUCCACCUACUACAGCGUCAUCAUAGGCUACUCCAUCUACUACUUCUUCACGUCGUUCAAGACGGAAAUGCCCUGGAUCGACUGCAACAAUAGAUGGAACACUCCGGACUGCUGGGUGCCGCAACGCAAUGCCAGUGCGCCGGACACAUCGCGCACUCCCUCCGAGGAAUUCUUCGAAAACAAGGUGCUCCAGAUAAGCGGUGGCCUGGAGUAUCCGGGCAUGAUGCGCUGGGAGCUGUUCGCCUGCCUGAUCUGCGCCUGGCUCAUGGUCUACUUCGCCACGUGGAAGUCGAUCAAGUCGUCGGCGAAGGUGCGCUACUUCACGGCCACCUUUCCGUUCGUGCUGAUCAUCAUCCUGAUGGUGCGGGCGGUGACCCUGGAUGGAGCGGCCGAGGGUCUGCGCUUCUUCUUCCGGCCCAAGUGGUCGGAGCUGAAGAACGCCAACGUGUGGAUCAAUGCCGCCUCGCAGAACUUCAACUCGCUGGGCAUCACCUUCGGAUCCAUGAUCUCCUUUGCCAGCUACAACAAGUACAACAACAACAUCCUGCGGGACACGGUGGCGGUGAGUGCGGUAAACAUGAUCACCAGCCUCCUGGUGGGGAUCUUUGCCUUCUCCACGCUGGGAAACCUGGCGCUGGAGCAGAACACCAAUGUGCGCGACGUCAUCGGCGAUGGGCCGGGCAUGAUCUUCGUGGUGUAUCCCCAGGCGAUGGCCAAGAUGCCGUAUGCCCAGCUCUGGGCGGUCAUGUUCUUCUUCAUGCUCCUCUGCCUGGGCCUCAACUCACAGUUCGCCAUCGUCGAGGUGGUGGUCACGUCCAUUCAGGACGGGUUCCCGCGCUGGAUCAAGCGCCAUCUGGGCUACCAUGAGAUCGUGGUCCUGUUCGUCUGCGUCAUCUCGUGUCUGUUCGGCAUGCCCAACAUUAUCCAGGGCGGCAUCUACUACUUCCAGCUGAUGGACCACUAUGCCGCCUCUGUGACGAUCAUGUUCCUGGCCUUCUGCCAAAUGAUCGCCAUCGCCUGGUUCUACGGCACCGGAAGGCUGUCGAAGAACGUCAAGCAGAUGACCGGAAAGGCGCCUUCCUUAUAUCUCAAGUCCUGCUGGCUCGUCCUCGGACCCUGUCUACUCUUCGCCAUCUGGGUGCUGAGUCUAAUCAACUACCAUGAGCCCACCUACCACAAUGGACGCUACACAUAUCCGGACUGGGCGUAUGGAAUAGGCUGGAUGUUCGCCUCCUUGUCGCUGCUCUGCAUACCCGGAUAUGCGGUGAUCAACUUCCUGCGGUCCAGUGGGGACACCUUUUGGGAACGCAUCCGGAACACGCUGAGACCAAACAUCUACGAGUGCAAGAUCUGCGGCGAGCACCACUGCGAACACGACUUUCCGGAGCAGGAGCAGUUCAUGCUGGCGCAGGAAAUGGCCACCGUGUACAAGCCGACCAACAGCCACCUACUCCAUAUGGGCCAGGGCCAGAAGACCGGCUACAAUGCCAUGCACGCCACCUCCUCCGCGGAGCACUCAUACCACUCAAAGCCCCAUGCGGAGAUGGGUGGACAAAGUGGCCAAUAGCUAUUGCCUGGGAAUCCCUUACAGCAAUAGCCAUUUCUGAGUAUUUUUAACGAAUCAUUUUUUUCUAAGUUACCGGCAGAAAUUAAAGUAUUUAAAUAAAUUGUAGUACGAGUCGAUUGGAUUAAAA